GUCCAUCUUUCUUUUUGCACAUUCCUUCCACCUCCCUUGUUUUACUACUCUUAUAUUCUUGCUGUGUUAUUGACGGCGGAGGGAGAAGGACUAUGGCCGCUGUGCAAGUAGCUAAAAAAGACCUGAGGCGGAAGAUCCAGAACCUGCUCAAAGAAGUACCGCGUGAAUCGGUCAAUGCUCAAUCUACGGUUGUCACCAAUAAAUUAUUUACGUUACCAGAAUAUCGCAAUGCGCGCAGAGUCAGCAUCUUCCUCUCCAUGCCCUCGGGCGAAAUAUCCACCGCGGGAAUCGUCCGCGAUGCCCUCGACAGAGGCAAAGAAGUCUUCGUUCCAUACACACAUAGACUCGAAACUGGCGACAUCAACCUGCCCAAGGUGUCCGUAAUGGACAUGCUCCGUCUCGAAUCCAUGGAAGAAUUCGAAUCACUUCAACCAGAUAAAUGGGGUAUACCGUCACUGGACAAGGACUCUGUUCCCCGGCGACAAAACUGUUUGGGAGGUACGGGUGUUUUGGCCGAAAGAUCGAGGGGAGUUUCGGAUGAUAUUGGCUUGGAUUUGAUUGUUAUGCCGGGAAUGGCAUUCGAUACUGAUUUGCGACGACUGGGUCAUGGGAAAGGGUAUUAUGAUUAUUUUCUGAAUAAUUACAAUAGGGAGAUUGCAGGCUCGCCACGUGCUAGUCAGAGACCAUUUCUCGUUGCUGUUGCUCUAAAGGAACAAAUAGUAAUCCCCCCCGAUGAGAUACCGGUUGCCAACCAUGACCAACCUGUAGACGCGAUCAUCGUCGGCGACGGGAGACUGAUAUUCGCAAACGGCCGAUUAAUGGAAGAAUAA